AUGGAUGAAGUUACUGAUGAAGCAAUUGGUGCAAAGCUCAAUAUUUUAUAUACACAGAAAAGGGCAAUUUCUUCAGAACUUGCCACUGCUCAUGCAUGUGAAAAGAACAUAGCUGAUAAAAACAAGUCUCUUAAGCACAAGUACCGAAUGCAUCCUUACAUUAGCAGAUUCCCAUCGUUGCAUUUCUAUGAAAACAAACUGCUGGAUGGUGCUCAGAAGGCUGAGAAAUCAGAUCCUUUCCAUGAUCACCGUUGUCUUGGUCCAUACAUGUUCUUUGAUAUUGCCGAUGGUCAUGAGCAUGCUGGAACAAGUGCUGCUGCACAAUUACUCUCUAAUCAAUUUGAAGCUGGUGCAUCACUUGAAAUACUGUCAUUUUUAAAGAACAAGUGUGAGCUUGAGAAAGAAGGAGACGACAAGUGA